AACUCCCAUGCUCGCAGUGGUGCUCCUCUCUUGGUUGGUUCAAUCAGCGAGGCCUCACAUUGUUGCGCUUGCUUGCUUGCUACAUGGGGCCCUGGACCUCUUCAUCACGCCCAUGAUGAGAACGCCGGAUUUGGAGUAAGGAUGUGUUUGAAGGAUUAUCUCCUGGUGGGAGAACAGAAAGGAAAGCAGGUAAUGCAGCUGACCAUGCCGAAGUCAAUCAAGCCGGACAAAGUUGCAGUUGCGGAACAGAUGCUGCUACCCUUGGCAGAGUGUAGUACGGGUGGGGAGGCUUGUACAAUUUUGCUGAGUGAUCUUCUCUGUGGAGAAACUCUCUCACCUACUACCACCACCUACUGCCACCACCAAUUUGGUGAACUCCACAAUGAUUCCAUAGCAACUACUUCCGCCUUCCGAGGCUGGUUAGUUAAUGCCAUAUCCGCCUCGAUCCCUUAUCCUGCACACGGGAGCUCCUUUCUGUCCAAAAGUAAAGAAAAUCUAUGUUCCAAACUCAACCGUUUUUCACACACUGAUGACACCGCCACUAUUGUUGUGAGAAAAGACCCAGCGCCAGAAACUAUGGUGGUUAGGGCUGAUUCCGUUUCCAAACCAAGUUUGGUGGAUCUUGGGGAGGCCAUGCGUGUCCUGCAGGAGAGAGAGGUAACGACGCCGCACCGUCUGACAGAUCGGUAUAUCAACACUCUGAUAUGGUCUGACUUGGAUGACGACAAAUCUUAUGUUGGACUGGGCAGUGCGCGGCGAGAGGGUGUCUUUCUCAUAUUCAAGCUGGUGGAGGAUUUGGGGCUCGGAAUAGUGAUUGGAGCACACGCCAUCGCCUAUCUGGAUCGCUUCCUCAGUACUAUGACCUCCAGCUCGGCAAACUCACAGGUUGACGAAAACUCAGCAACACAUUUUCCUUACAUCGCUGCAGCUUGCGUUUUGAUUGCAGCCAAAAUGGACGAUACCGCUGCACCCUCCUUAGCUUCUCUCUGCAGGUUUUCUGGUGAAGCCAAUCUGAUUUUAGGCAAGCUACGGGACGUGGAGGUGGUGGUGCUCCAAGUGCUCGGAUGGAAAUUGUUGGCGGUGACCACCUCAGACUUCGUGGACAACAUGCUGGCGCAUCUUCCUCUCAUCGGAGUCUCCUCGGCGCUAGUACAGGGAGCACGCAGCCGGGCCGACGAACUCCUCCAAGCAAUUCUCACAGAGGUGGAGUUCCUGGACUUCGAGCAAUCCACAAUCGGCUUGUGUGUGAUGCAAUGCAUUCUGGACGAAACUUUGCCACUUCAAGCGGCGCUUCACAUGGCAGCCCUCCAAAGUUUUCUGGUCGUGGACAUGUUUGCGUUGCAGCAAUGUCACAAGAGGCUGGUGGAUUUGGUAUCAGACCCAGUGCCACGAUGCUCCUCCUCAACCUCACCGGCAAGUGUGCUCCACGCUUAAUACUCCACAGCAACACGAGAGCCCGGAGCAGAUUCAUCGACAGCCAUCACUCGAACCUUGGGUUCAUUGAGCUCGGUGAACUCCGAUCUAGCGCCAGUUUCUCCUCUUCAAGGUCAUGGAUCUCGAUAGCACCGGCGCAAACUUCGCAUAAAGUUUCGCAUUCAUUUGCAGACUUCUCAUGAGAAUGUGUGUGGACAUUCAUUCAUUUACUCUCUCACACACACACACACAAAUGUACAAAUACGUUUUAAUUUGGUUUCAAGUAAGAAUAACAAUUGAUGAUGUGUGUUUCUUCUAAAGAAA